AUGGAAGGAGGAGCCAGUAUGGUGUAUUACACAAAUAUCGAAUGGGGUUUAACCGAAAGAGCCUUUAUGGUUGUACUUCAAUUAAACGAAACAGAAGCCACGGGUAUUCAUACCACCAUUAUCACACCUGCUUUUGAAUCCACGCGUGCAAAAGAAAGUUUAAAGCAUGCCCAUUUACCCGAUACCAUUCAACCGAGUAUGGUAGAGUGGUUAGAGUACAAGUCACCCUUUGCGUCCUUGGGUGAAUUAUUAACCACGAGUCAACGCGUGAUGGUGGAACAAAAUGCACGCUUAUUCAUUUACAGAGGUGUAUCUGAAGCCUUGUCUGAUACCAGAGUGGAUAUGGCACCACGAUCUAUUCGUAUGUUACGCAUGAUUAAAUCGGAUGGUGAAUUGGAUAUUAUGCGAUGUGCCAAUACGGUGACCGAAUUAGCGAUUCGUACGGUUCGACCUCAUAUCAAGAUUGGCAUGACUGAAUUUGAUAUUCAAAAGUUGAUGACGAGGGCAUUGAAAGAAGCUGGAUUGACGAAUACGUGGGUGUUGGCACUUGUGGAUGAGAAUGCAGCACUUCCUCAUGGUUCAUCCAGUGAGCAACGAGUCAAGGAGGAUAGUACGGUGUUAAUUGAUACGGGAGGAGAAUUUUUGAGAUAUCAGUCGGAUGUGACGCGUACUUUCUUUAUGGGACAACGUGGUACGAAUAAUCAGACGAUUGAGGAUGCGUGGUAUUUGGUACGUCGUGCCCAGGAGAAUGUGUUGAAUCGUACGGGAGCUGGUCAGAAUUGUGCUGAAGUGGAUUUGACGGCACGUCAUGUCAUUGAGAAGGGUAACUUUGGUCCGUUUUUCACACAUCGUUUGGGUCAUGGUUUAGGUCUGGAAAUGCAUGAAGAACCUUAUAUGAAUCAAGGUAACCGAGAACAAUAUUUAGCUCCUGGUAUGACCUUUAGUGUUGAACCUGGUAUCUAUGUGACCCAUGAAUUUGGUAUUCGAUUGGAAGAUCCCGUCGUCGUUCGAAAGGAUGAAGUCGAAGAAGAUUAUGAAGAUUAUGAUGAUUAUGAUGAUUAUCUCGAUGAUGAAUUGAACGAUACUGACAUGUGGGACGAUGCGACUGGAGAUUUCACGAAACAAUACAAUAAGCUUCGUCAACAAAUUGCACCCAACAGUUCGUCAGAUAAACCUGCACCUGCUGUCAAUCGAAAGAUUGCACCUGUCCCUCUUCAACGUACCGUGGAUGCAGCCAAUGCGACAGGUGGCACGGUUGAAAAGAAACAAAUGUUGGAUAGUCAGAUUGAUAGUUUAGGGCAUUUUGCUAGUCGUAUUCAUAUUGGAGAAGAUUACAAUCCUUCCAAGAUUUCAUCUUCAGUUGCUAGUGAUAUCAAGUUGAGUUCCAAGAAGGCCAGUGGUGACAAAACGAUUCAACGUGAUAAAUCCGAUCGUGCUACAGUUGAACAAGUACUUGAUCCACGUACACGUAUUAUUCUAUUCAAAAUGUUGAAUCGAGGUAUUUUUUACGAGAUCAAUGGAUGUAUCAGUACGGGUAAAGAAGCCAAUGUGUACCAUGCCAUGACAGAAGAUGGUGAACAUCGUGCGAUUAAAGUGUACAAGACAUCUAUUUUGACCUUUAAGGAUCGUGAUCGUUAUGUGACAGGUGAGUUCCGUUUCAGACACGGUUACUCCAAAUCCAACCCUCGAAAGAUGGUGAAAGUAUGGGCAGAGAAGGAAAUGCGUAAUUUAAAACGUAUUCAGGCAGCGGGUAUUCCUUCACCUACCGCCAUUAUCUUGCGUAUGCAUGUCCUUGUCAUGGAGUUUUUAGGUGAUAAAAAUGGAUGGGCUUAUCCUCGUUUGAAGGAUGCACAGAUUGAAACAUCGAGAUAUCCUGCACUUUACUAUCAAUUGGUGAAGAAUGUACGUACCAUGUACCAUUCACGUAAACUGUAUAUUAUUGAUGUAUCCCAAUCAGUGGAACAUGAUCAUCCUCACGCCUCUGAAUUCUUGAGAAAGGAUCUUUCAAAUGUGACAGAUUAUUUUGCCAAGAAGGGAGUCCGUGUGAUGAGUAUUAUGGAAUUAUUCAAGUUUGUGACGGAUGUGUCUUUUAGUAAUGAAGAAACGGUGGUGGAUGCACGUUUAGAACAAAUUCAAGAAGACAUGAAUGCCAACCCUAAUCUUGAGAUUAAUACAAUUGAAGAUGAGAUCUUUAUGAAGUCUUAUAUACCCACCACUUUAGAUGAAGUCAUUGAUAUCGAUCGAGAUACCUUGAUUGUUGAAGAAGGUGGAGGAAAGAAUCUGGUGUAUGCGGAUUUAUUAGGUACAGGUGUGACUACUUCCAUUCAACAAUUGGAUAUUCAAGAUGAUGAAGAAGAGGAUAAGGCAGUUUCGGAUGGAGAGAGUGCAUCUGACAACGAUGAUGACGACGACGAUGAGGAGGAUGAGGAUGAAUCUGGCUCUGAAGAUGAAAAUGGAGAAAGAAAGCCUAGAACACCUAGAGGAAAAAAGAAUGAGGAUAAGGAUGAUAAGAAGGAUCGAAAGAAAAAGACCAAGGAAGAAGCAAGAGAACGUAGAAAGCAUAAACUUCCCAAGGCUGAAAAGAAGAGAAAGAUCAAGACAAGUUGUAAAAAGAAGAAGUAA